CAAGAACUGCUCGUUCGCAAGCGUCGAGGAAAAUUUAAAAGCGUUGUCAAGCGCGAGCAAACUUCGCUGACAAGAAAGAUGAAGGCUUGCUUGCGGUGCCGACAGCAGCGUGUCCGGUGCGAGACCGACCCUGAAGAUCCUGGGGGUCAGUGCUUGACUUGCCGGAAUGUUUCAAAUAAUUCCAAGCAGACGAUCCACCAUAUUCCGUGUCUACGGUACAAGGUCACCGAAUGUAUCCUGUAUCGUGCUGGAAAGCUCGGUUACACAAGCCGAUGGCAAGACAUGAAAGUCAGAGAAAUCACCGACUGGGAAUCUGCUGACACCCAAACUCUCGUGCUCCGCAAUACGCAGGAACUUGUCAAGGACGGAUUUCAAGUCGUGCUACGUCCUUUCCGCGCCCAAGCUGGCGACAAAUUGUUUCGAUCAUGGUUUGACCAAGAGCGGGGAGUCGUCAAGUCUUACAGCUUGCCGGCAUGGGCUGUAGAGAAUAUGCACGUGGUAAAGGAAGACUUCAAAAUCUAUACGGACAAGCACGCAUUUGACUGCAUCACCCAUCGACUGCAGCAUUCGGACAACCUCAUUGUGAGGACGUAUAACAGAGCUAAAAUUCAUCUGAGGAAUGCACCGAAGACCGAGAAGGAAAGGGUACUCAUGACCAAUCUCCUACGACUCUGGUUUGUUAGCCAACACACCCUUGGAUCGGACUACUUCGAAAAUCCGCAAGCUCUGGGACUGGAGCCACACCAGGAUCCAUCGUACCCUCACCCUGGAAAGGUCCCCACGCCACCAGUGGUCAACGCUCAAUUUGAUGUUAUCUUCACAGAAGCCUUGUUGAAACCGUACAAGAAGAAGGUUCUCGAAGAAUUGCAGAACAUCAUCAAAGAUAACCGACCGGAAACCUUCAUAACCUUCUAUUUGUGUACCUUUAUUUUGUUGCACAAUUUUUCUCUCUUGAUCGCAGACCGUUACCGUCAUGCCCGCAAGCACGGCGUCCAGAGUCGAUACACAUUGCCUGAUCUCGUGUCGUCGUGGCAUCACAGUGCAAUGGUGAUCCUUGCUCAUUACCAUUAUUGCAAUGGCAGCAUGGACCCUCUAGCGUUGGAUUUGAAGAACCGUCAUCGAACUCGGCUGGCGACUCUCAACGCCGAGGAAGCAGAAUUCCUUCUCCAGACACGAGACCUUGUAAAAGCGAGAGAGGAUGAUUUCGCGUAUAUUCGGGACAAUGACCUUGCGGACCAUGAAUUCUACUAUGUCUCGCAGAUGUUCGAGAAGGAUUGGAAGCCGCGAGACACGGUCAUCGAUUGACACCCAAAUUGGCCCAUAUGACCUAUCUGUUCGGUGUCAUAUUAUCAAAU